UCGCGGCGGAGGAGGAGCGGAUCGGCGUGGGCCCGGCCGCCGCGGGCGGCGUGUGCGGGGGCGGGCGUGGAAGAGAGGUGGGCGAGCGGCGAUGACCUUUGCGAGGAGCUCGCGAGGGAGCGGGCCAGAGGCAGAGCGAGCGGUAGCGGCGGAGGAUGGUUGCUGAGACCCGGAGGAGAGCCGCCCCGUAAUGUCACAAUGAUGUCUCAUGUAAGUGAAAUGUGGUCCUACCACUGGAAGUGGAAGUUGCAGCACUGUCUCUGCUUGUUUACCACAUAUAUUAUAUGUGUGCAGCAGGCCGCUCACGGAUGCUAUGACUGUAGGAUCGUGCUAACUGACCCCUCUGGAGUUUUCACUUCUCCGUGCUUCCCCAGUGAUUAUCCCAAUAGCCAAGCGUGCAAGUGGAUCAUCCGCGCACCUCAUGGAUUCAUCAUACAACUAACGUUUAUUGAUUUUGACAUUGAAGAAGCUCCUGGCUGCAUUUAUGAUUCACUGACAUUAGACAAUGGAGAAAGCCCAAUGAACCUUUGUGGCAUCACUGCCAAAGGAUUAUCCUAUAACUCUACUGGAAAUGAAAUGAUUGUAUCAUUUAAAAGCGACUUCAGUAUCCAAAAGAAAGGUUUUAAUGCCAGCUAUGUACGAAUUGCCGUGUCUCUGAGGAAUCAAAAAGUCAUCAUUCCCCAGGUUCCUGAUGUCGAUGCUGUGUCUGUGGCAGAGACUGUCUCGGUGCCAGAGCUUAGCCAGUUUACACUGUGCUUCGAAGCAACCAAGGGCAGCAGCGAUGACAACGACGACUGGAAGGUUUUCUCCUACAUUGAUGCAUUGUCGACAGAAUUCUUCAGCUUUGGGAAAACUGCAAAAGGCCAUUUUCUCUCCAUCUCAGGCACGCAGUGCAUCCUUGAGAAUGCGUUGCCCCGAAAUGCAGAGUUCUUCACGGGAACCUUUCAACAGCUCUGUGUUGUAGGGGAUAGCUUCUCAGGCAGUAUAGGUAUAUAUGCCAAAAGCACCUAUCGUACCGUGGACUGUCCAGACAUCUUCGGCAAAGUUAUCCCUGGAAAUGGGAGGCUGGUGCUGGGCUCUAACAGCAAUGAAAUGAGCUCUCUAAAUGGGGACAUUUACAACUUCCGCCUCUGGAAUUUCACCAUGAAUGCGCAAACACUGGCUAACCUCAGCUGCGAUGUGAAAGGAAACAUUGUAGACUGGGAAAAUGAAUUCUGGAGUAUUCCAACUUCAGCACUGAAAGCAGAAAACAAUUUGAGUUGUGGCUCUUACCUAAUUCCCUCUUCUGCAAUUGAACCAACCAGUUGUGCAAACCUAGGAAGCCUUUGCCAAGCCACUGUAAAUGCUACUACUCCUACACCACCCACUGUCACCACUAACAUGCCUGAUACUAAUAGAAACGAUAAGCCAAACAAUGGUGGGCUGUUCUACAGGAUAUCUAUAACUGUCUUUAGUUCCCACUCCAACUCAGUGUCGAAAGUACAUGAUGUCAUUGCAGAAUGGCUAAACCGUACUUUUCAGAACUGGAAUUACACUGUGUAUGUGGUCAAUAUCAGCAUCCACCCUGGCUCUGUAAAAGAGGGAGCAAGAGAAAAAAGAAGUAUUAAAAGUUUUGGAGUUUUGGCUCUUCUGGUUUAUAAUUCUACCAACAACAUCAACUUAGAAGAAGAAGACAUCCGACAGAAGCUCAUAAAUAACAAUGGCACCAUGGAAGGAGGAUAUAGGCUUCACAGUGUGGAUGUUGAUCCAGUGGAAAAAUGUUUAGCUGAAGAAAACCCUCCAAACUACUUUUGGCCAGAUACCAGACCAACUGUGACCAACUUCACAUUAUGCCAUGGGAGCUCAGUUCAGACUGCAUCAAGAACUUGCUAUUUGGGUCUGCAAAAUUAUACGUCAUACUGGGGUCAGCCUGAUCUUAGAAAUUGCACAGAAAAUGCAGCUGAUAUAGCCAAUCAGCUUCUGAAUCUUACUGGUGAAGGGCAGCAGCUAACCUCCGACAAAGUAAAUGAUGUCGUGCAGAAGCUCAAAAAAAUUGUGAAUGAUGAAGAAAUUGAUGAAUCUCUGGGUUCUACCGUUGUGACAAUUUUUUCCAAUAUUCUAACCAGUUCAGACAGUGUAUUGGCAGCAUCAUCUUCAGAAGCUCUAAAAACUAUUGAUGCCUUGGCUUUAAAGAUUCAGUUCACUGGACUAUCCAUGAGUAUUUCAACACGAAACCUUGCACUUGGAGUGUCUUCUAUAAACUCAACUUCAUUCAAAGGUGGUUCUUUCAGUGUCAGUCCACAGAAUAAUGCAUCUGAUUUCCAGAUAGAUUUUGACAAGGAUCAGACAAAAGCCCUCGCUUCUGUUGUUCUGCCACCAAGUUUACUGAAGAAUUUAAGUCAAGAUGAGUUUGAAGCUAUAUCCAGGGCUCAAUUUACUUUCUUCAAUAAAAAUGGUCUUUUUCAGGAUGCAGAAAAUCCUGCCAAUUUGACGAGUUUUGUGGUGGCAUGCAGUAUUGGAAACAUAACAAUUCAGGAUCUUCAGGAUUAUGUGAAGGUUACAAUCAAGCAUACCAAAAUUCAGGAAGAUCCGAAGCCUACCUGUGUCUUCUGGGAUAUGAAUAAAAAUGGUGGCAAUGGUGGCUGGAAUCCUGCAGGCUGCCAAGUGGAUGCAGAGUCCAAUGAAAAUGAGACAAUUUGCUUAUGCAACCAUCUCACACACUUCGGAGUCCUAAUGGACCUUCAGAGAACCGUUACACAAAUAGACUCCCAGAAUACCAAGGUCCUCACUUUCCUCACUUACAUAGGCUGUGGGAUAUCUGCGAUAUUUUCAGCUGCAACUCUUCUGACAUAUAUUGCAUUUGAGAAGCUGCGAAGAGAUUAUCCAUCCAAAAUCCUGAUGAAUUUGAGCACAGCCCUACUCUUUCUUAACCUUAUCUUCUUGCUUGAUGGUUGGAUUGCAUCGUUUGACAUAGAUGGCCUCUGCACAGCCAUAGCUGCGCUUUUGCACUUUUUCCUUCUGGCCACCUUUACAUGGAUGGGCCUAGAAGCCGUUCAUAUGUACAUUGCUCUAGUGAAGGUUUUCAACACGUAUAUACGACGAUACAUACUGAAAUUUUGCAUCAUUGGCUGGGGUGUGCCAGCUGUGGUAAUAGCAAUUAUUUUAGCAAGUGCUAAUACAAACGCAACUGAUGUUUAUGGUAAGGACUUAUAUGGCAGAGAUGCUAACGGGCAAGGAGGAGAUGACUUCUGCUGGAUCAAGAAUGAAGUUGUCUUUUAUGUGACUUGUGCUGGCUACUUUGGAAUCAUGUUUUUGAUGAAUGUUGCCAUGUUUAUUGUGGUGAUGGUGCAGAUCUGUGGGAGGAAUGGGAAAAGAACUAAUCGGACCCUGAAGGAAGAGAUCCUGAGGAACCUCCGUAGCGUGGUCAGCCUGACCUUCCUCCUGGGCAUGACGUGGGGCUUUGCCUUUUUUGCCUGGGGUCCCUUAACUCUUCCUUUUCUGUACCUCUUCUCAAUUUUCAAUUCAUUACAAGGUUUGUUUAUAUUUGUAUUUCAUUGUGCUAUGAAAGAAAAUGUGCAGAAACAAUGGAGGAGACAUCUCUGUUGUGGCAGAUUCCGAUUGGCAGACAAUUCAGACUGGAGCAAAACAGCAACCAAUAUUAUCAAGAAGAGUUCCGAUAAUCUGGGGAAAUCCUUAUCCUCUAGUUCCAUCGGCUCCAAUUCAACCUACUUAACGUCCAAAUCAAAAUCUACAACGAAUACAUACUGCAAACGAAACAGCCAUACAGAUAAUGUCUUCUAAAGGCCCUUUCCUCAUCAGUGGUGGAGCAUUGCAGAGAAUGUUUUUCUUGACAAGCCACCUUCAAAAUUUGCACAAGAGGAUGGAGAGCAGACAUCAAUCAUCCCCGUCCACCAGGUUAUUGACAAGGUCAAGGGAUACUGCAAUCCUCGCUCUGACAACUUCUAUAAAAAUAUCAUCAUGUCUGACACAUUUAGUCACAGCACAAAGUUCUAACUGGACUUCUGAAUUUUUUGAACCAAAGGAAAACCAAAAGUCUGCCUGGAAUGGAGAAUACUGGAUGUUGUAUAAUGUGACCUGUUCAGUUACAUUUUCCAAGUCUGUAAUGUUCUCCUCUUAAUAACUUCCACUUGAGGACCAAUUUCUCUACCUUUCUACUGUUGUGGAAAAAAGACAAUUUUCCACCGUGAUAUUGAGCUGGUUUUAAAUGUGUGCCAGCCAACAUGAUGCCUGGACAGCUAAUUGUAAUCCUGUGUAAAUAUUUUUUAAGACUGAAGAGCCACAAGCCUAAAUCCAAAUUAUAUAGUCCAAACAGAAGCAAGGCUCAACUCCUGGAGAAAAUAGUAGACAUGUCACAGAGUGCAGGCAAGCUCUUAUUAGGCAAUUGACUGAUGGUCUUUUUCUCUUGAAAAAUAUGGAUUUUCCCUACAACACGUGUUAGAUUCUUGCUUCUCAGCAGUCUAGUGCUGUCUGCUCUUUAUUCAUAAGUGAAUAAAACCCUAACACUGGUGUUAAAGGGUCAUUUUAAACUAUUUCUGACUGAAUAGACCUAAUCAUGCAAAUCUUGCUUACCAAAACAGUAUAUGCUGUAAAUUCAGGCUAUUUUGUAUCCAUGUACAUAGGAGCACACUUCUUACAUAGAUGUGCUGGCUGAGAAGGGUGUGCAGGUUACUAGUAACUCCAGCAAAUUUCCAUCCCAUUGAUAUGUGUGGAAACCAAUGGUCGCCAUUUGCAUCUGCGCAGAAUAAGUACACAGGUAAAUCCAAAGAUCACACAGAGUCUCAUUUCAGUGUUGGCUGGUUGGUGUGCAUGAAAUGCCACAUCUCCCAGUGCAGUUCCGUGCCUGGUGUUCUUUUUCACUAAACGGAAUGGAGAACAUUCAACUAUAUAUAGAUACGUAAAUGUAUACCUAGAUCUCUCUCCACACGUAUUUUUAUAAUAAUGCACACAGUAAAUAGGACAGAAAAAACCACAAUGUGGAACAGUGAAUGGUGCUAAAACUUAGCUAUUUAAAUACAAGACAAAUACUUUGUAAACCCAUAGGUUCAUUUGCCAAUCUCUGUACUUCAGAUAUACUGUAUGUAUAGACAUCUCCAUCAGAUUGCAUUGCAGCAUGAGAAUAACCUGGAAUGCAUUUACCAGUAAUAAAUAAAUGUCUUUCUAGGCAUGUAAUGUUAUCAGUAUCCCUCUCCUGCCCUGCUACUACAGAGUCAGAGAAUGGAAGGGGCUGGAAAGGACUUCCAAAGAUUGUCUAGUCCAACCCCCCUGCUCACACAGGUCCACCUAGAUCAGGUCACACAGGAACACGUCCAGAUGGGUUGAAAUACUUCCAGAGAGGGGGACUCCACAACCUCCCUGGGCAACCUCACCCUUCUAGUGAGGCAGUUUUUCCUUAUACGUAAGUGGAACUUUUUGUGUUCCAGCUUUUGUCCAUUAACUCCUUGCUUGAAGUUCUUGGUGACACAGAGUUUAAACAGUGUUUGGGCAAUGUUAGAGAAUGUCACAUUGCUGUACUGAGUGCAAAACGACACUGAGUUGUGUAUGUGUGCAGAGGACAGACAAGAGCUUAAUUGCUGUAAUCUCUAUAAAUGUGUGACACACUAGCACAUGGCCGUGACUGCCAAAAGUGCACCUCUCCUCGCAAAGCACAUCUUGCCUUGUGAUGGGUUUUGUAGAAUCUGUAACUGAAGGCACGGGACAAAACAUCAAAGAUAUUUCCAAAUACAGUUUUCAGAGGAGAAUGUCUCCUAAUGAACAUUUUCAUUUUAAAAAAACACUUUUGUUGAGGUUUUUUACCAAACAUUUUUUGCCAAAUAUUCAAUUAAUUUUUUGCAGAAGGUAACCAGAACGUUGUGCUGAGGUGUUUUUUUCAGUUACCAAGCAGGUGGGUGCUCCGUGCUUAGGGACGUGACUUUGUGCCUUUCUUUGCUCUUUGCCGGCAGUUGGGCAGGCAAAGGUCGUUUAACGCUGUGACAGCACAAAGGGCACGUUUUUCCCUUCACAAAGGGCAGACACCUGUCAGGAGAGGAUGCCCUGGCAGCAUUCCAGCCAGACACGCUGCUUUCCCCAUGCAGGCCACAACAGAGCCUCCAUCUUGGAACUGCAAAUACUGACUCGUGGUGACGUGAAUGACAGUCAGCCCGACUCACUUAACGUGUAAUUAUUAACAGGGAUGAGUGUUGUCAGAUAUCUUUAAUAAGGGAAAUAAUUUAGGGAGAGAUUAUGUACAAGCAUUUACUGAACUUACAUUUUACCAUCCCACUCGCUUAACUACUGUAGAUAAUAGUGUUCACGUAGCAGCUUACUGUGAGAUUUCUACCUAAGAUGUUCAAAAGUGAAGAGAAGGAAAACCAAACAUUCCUGAAAAAAUGAGGAAUCGAUAAAACAGAACACUAAAGUAUAAAUAAACAGCAAACACAGUAUCUUGACUGAAGCUGAGCUGUAACCUAUGACUUUAAUGUACAGCCACCUGCAUUUUUUUGCUGAAACAUGAUUUUUUUUCCCCUUUUUUUACUACCAUGUAGUAAUCUUAAACUGUCUGUGUCAGUUAGAUGCUCUUGAAUGCUCUCAUUCUCCAAUGUAAAACUUCUAAUUUGUAGUUGACAUGCUGUAACCUCUCUUGUAUAUAUUUAUUUAUUUGUGAGGUUAAAUAUGUCAAAUAUAUUUAGCUCUAUACUGACUGUUCUUGUUACUUUAAAACUAAGCUUCUGUUUCAUCAUAGAAAAACAGGGAAAAAAAUUCUUAUAUAUGUUGGGGUUUUUUUCCAAACACCUUGUGAAACAACUUACUGUAGUUCUAUCUUACAAGUAUGAGGCAACAUCAGUGUAAUUUGUAAUACUAGUCAGUGGAAUAUAGUGUAACAGGUUUGAAGAUGGACUAAAGUUGAAAGAAACACUUUCAAGUAAACAUUCUUGAUGUUAGUGUUCCAAAUCAUUAAAGUCUUUCAAUAGCAAA